AUCAUGAAUCAUCACAGUCCUUAUUCAUUGUUCUAUUAGCUGACAACCGUUCAUGAAAAGUUGGGUUAGUUGCAUGUUCUGCCUGAGUCAGAUAUAUCCAUCAUCAUAAGCGCUUCUCUCUCUCAGCUCAAUUAAUUGAUAGCCAGCAAGAUAACAAGCAAUAAUAUAACGGUAUUUAAGUGGCUAGCUACACUUCAUUUUUUUUUUUUUUUUGUUGUGAAAGAUGGCUGAUUCAGAUUUCGGGUUCCCAUCUGACAACGGAGUGCUGCCUGUCGAGGUGGACCCAGCUGCAGCUUUCUUAGCCCAGCAAGAAAGCGAAAUAGCGGUGAUAGAGAAUGACGACGAAGGAGCUUUGGAGGGAUCCGCUGAGUUCCCCGAACAACCGCCGACAGCUGAUUCACCUGCUCCUGUCGAAUAUGAUGCCGGAUUUGCAGACGCUUCAGCAGCCACGGUAAACGGAAACAUGUUUGUGCUGGAGUCCAACGGUCCAUCGGACAGCUAUGCGGCCAUCGCCCAGGUGGACUCUCUGCGAGCAGAGCCUGAGAGCCUGCGUAAGUGGAGGGAGGAGCAGAAGGCACGGCUGGAGCAACUAGACUCUGCGUCCAAGGCUGCGGAGGCUGAGUGGAAAGAGAAGGCCAAGAAAGAGCUGGAGGACUGGCAUGUGCACCAGAAGGAACAGAUGGAGAAAAACAAGGCCAACAACAAGGCAUCUGAAGAGGCCUUCCUGUCCGAGGCUGACGGUGACAGCCCAGGGACGGAGUGGGAGAGAGUGGCCCGUCUCUGUGACUUCAACCCCAAGACCAACAAGACAGCCAAGGAUGUGUCCCGGAUGCGCUCGGUCCUCAUAGCCCUCAAACAGACACCUCUGGUGCGCUAGUACGGCCAAUGGAACAGAGGAGUGGCGGUGAUGGUUCCGGUUUCCCUUCUUUAAAAACGCCCGCUCUUCAGUUAUGAACUCUGUUUGCAUUUAGGCAGAAUGUGUACUAGCCUCAUCAUAUGUCUUCUUUUGGUGGAGGGUUCUUUUAUGUUCAGACCCUCCUCUUUUCCUCUGUCUCGGCGUAGUGUCCCUCUUUUCCGCUAUGUCUCGGCGUAGUGUCCCUCUUUUCCGCUAUGUCUCGGCGUAGUGUCCCUCUUUUCCGCUAUGUCUCGGCGUAGUGUCCCUCUUUUCCGCUAUGUCUCGGCGUAGUGUCCCUCUUUUCCGCUAUGUCUCGGCGUAGUGUCCCUCUUUUCCGCUAUGUCUCGGCGUAGUGUCCCUCUUUUCCGCUAUGUCUCGGCGUAGUGUCCCUCUUUUCCGCUAUGUCUCGGCGUAGUGUCCCUCUUUUCCGCUAUGUCUCGGCGUAGUGUCCCUCUUUUCCGCUAUGUCUCGGCGUAGUGUCCCUCUUUUCCGCUAUGUCUCGGCGUAGUGUCCCUCUUUUCCGCUAUGUCUCGGCGUAGUGUCCCUCUUUUCCGCUAUGUCUCGGCGUAGUGUCCCUCUUUUCCGCUAUGUCUCGGCGUAGUGUCCCUCUUUUCCGCUAUGUCUCGGCGUAGUGUCCCUCUUUUCCGCUAUGUCUCGGCGUAGUGUCCCUCUUUUCCGCUAUGUCUCGGCGUAGUGUCCCUCUUUUCCGCUAUGUCUCGGCGUAGUGUCCCUCUUUUCCGCUAUGUCUCGGCGUAGUGUCCCUCUUUUCCGCUAUGUCUCGGCGUAGUGUCCCUCUUUUCCGCUAUGUCUCGGCGUAGUGUCCCUCUUUUCCGCUAUGUCUCGGCGUAGUGUCCCUCUUUUCCGCUAUGUCUCGGCGUAGUGUCCCUCUUUUCCGCUAUGUCUCGGCGUAGUGUCCCUCUUUUCCGCUAUGUCUCGGCGUAGUGUCCCUCUUUUCCGCUAUGUCUCGGCGUAGUGUCCCUCUUUUCCGCUAUGUCUCGGCGUAGUGUCCCUCUUUUCCGCUAUGUCUCGGCGUAGUGUCCCUCUUUUCCGCUAUGUCUCGGCGUAGUGUCCCUCUUUUCCGCUAUGUCUCGGCGUAGUGUCCCUCUUUUCCGCUAUGUCUCGGCGUAGUGUCCCUCUUUUCCGCUAUGUCUCGGCGUAGUGUCCCUCUUUUCCGCUAUGUCUCGGCGUAGUGUCCCUCUUUUCCGCUAUGUCUCGGCGUAGUGUCCCUCUUUUCCGCUAUGUCUCGGCGUAGUGUCCCUCUUUUCCGCUAUGUCUCGGCGUAGUGUCCCUCUUUUCCGCUAUGUCUCGGCGUAGUGUCCCUCUUUUCCGCUAUGUCUCGGCGUAGUGUCCCUCUUUUCCGCUAUGUCUCGGCGUAGUGUCCCUCUUUUCCGCUAUGUCUCGGCGUAGUGUCCCUCUUUUCCGCUAUGUCUCGGCGUAGUGUCCCUCUUUUCCGCUAUGUCUCGGCGUAGUGUCCCUCCUGUGUUUCUAACUGUGGAGGAAAGGUAUUUUGUCUCUCCCACCAUCUUUCCUUAUUCUGAUGUAAUGUAUCCAGUGGAAAUAUAAGUCACGACCUUUAACAUGGAGUGUUCUGACUGCUCUCUCUCCUUUUUAACUUCCCUCAGCAAUGCUACAUUACUGACGCUAAGAAAAAUAUUGUUACUGUAAAUACUUCAUUAAACUCUUUCCCUCUCCUAAACUACAGAGUGCAUUGGGUCAGACACCUCUCUCUCUCUUAAGCAUGAUGCCUCUCCCAAUAAGUAUUUUUUUGUAAUUUUAUAAAAUACCAGAUUAGUUUAAUCUCCACUGUAAUUUGUAUUUUAUUUCAUAUGUAAAGGUCUAACGUAGCCAGUCCUGUUCAGAAACUACAUUAGGAGUAGAUUGUAAACCACCUCUGCCUGUUUUUAUUAAGAAUUGAUUGACAUUCAUUCACUGUUGAAUGAUAUUCCUAAUUGAUUAUUUAACGGUAGCUAAUAGACAUUUGAGAUGCUAUGAGCUUGUGGCCUUGUUGAACUUUAAACUCCUUACACCUGUUAGGGUUUGUGCUUUUGGCCAGAUGAAUUUCCUUCCCAAGCUAGACUACUUAUAGCCUGGUUUCAGAUCUGUUUUGUGCAGUCUUGCCAAAUGUGACAAUGAACCUUUUUUUUUUAAAUUUAUAUACAUAUGUUCUAUGCAAUAACCAUAGGAGUCGGCAGGACAGCACAAACAGAUCUGGGACCAGGCUAGACAAUGUAGUCUGUUCCAACAAAUAAGUGUCUUCACAUCCAACGAAUCAUUCUGAGGUAGAUCCUCAUUAAGCAUCAGAAGAAUUCACAUACCAAGGGGGCUUGUUGUGCCAUUUGUUUUUAGGCUGUGGAUCCUUGGGGAACCGCCCCGUACCCCUGGAUAGAUCCACAUCAUGUCCAACACAUGUGCCCAAAGUAGGAGGUAGAGACACAAGUGGUCACCCUCUCUUCACUUUUGUCAAUCGUGAAGGAUAAUUCCUCCAAGUUUUACCAGUGAGACGUCUACGCAGCAUCUGCACACCAACCAUUUGAUCUGGAUCAGUUUCAGGGGAUAUACCUUUUUAGAUCUUAGUUAUGUGGUGUUUUGAAUGACGCAGUGAGUGAAUUUUGGAGCAGAAGGUGUUAAUAAAACGUUUUAUUUCAA